GCUAUCUUUAUGGAGCCCUUAGGAGCCGGAUGUGAAUUUGUAUAAGGAUGGGUGUUUCCAAUGCAUUGCCAGAAAGGUAAUUAACCCCAUUGCCAUGAUGGGCUGUGUAGCGCAGCAGCCAUCACGCGUUAGACCAUAAUAAAUAUCCCUCAUAUAAAAGGAUCGCGGGUGUCCUGCGGAGCGAUUGUAUCUUUGAAGCCCACAUCAUUUCUGCACACCAACCAUGACUCAAUACCCCGACGAAAAAUCUAACAACCCGUACGCAACCUCGAUGCAACCACCUGUCCCAGCUCCUCGGCAGCUUGAACAGAAUCAAUACCAGGCACCUUUGGGCCCGCCACCUGAAUACACCCAGGAGCCACCUCAUAAUCCGCGCGAUAGCUCGCGUCAAGGGUACAACCCUCAGUCGCAAGUAUAUCAGUCCCAAACAUACCAGGCGCCUCUGGGAUCAGCAUCACAGCAUCCUCCAAGAUAUCCUCAGGAAUAUCAAACCCCACCAGCUGGUCAAUGCGACCAAAAAGGCGGGGAAUACCCAGCAUACGCAUACCAACAGGCUUCCCCAGGAGCCAGGUACCCCAAUGACCAGAACAGGCCAGGACCAUCAGGUUACCCUUUAUACCAGCAAAACAGCAGCUUGAGCCCGUACAGCCAGACUCCCGGCGCAGUGCCACAAGAUCGCGCACCUUCUCCCAAUGAAGGGGGUGGAGGGCUGUCCCUAGCUUCAUUCUUUGGCAACACGGGCUCUCCGCCAAUGUGGAACCGCCAGCCACCUCAGGAUUUCGUUCACACUCAGUUCCCUCCCAUGUGUCUCAUCUCAAACAAUAAGGACCUGAGCAAAGGGUUCCCUGAGGUGCCUCCCCCAUGCCAAUUAUGUACUCACCCGUUUGCAACGCAUGAUAUUAUGGAGGAGGAUUGGAAACGAUUCCUGGCAGACGUUAAGAAAGCAGCUUCAUUAUCUGGAGGGCAACGCAUCAAAUCGAACGCCAUACCCUUUAUAGCAGGUAUCAGUCUUGUCGGCGGGUUUUUCCUGACUAAAGCCAUUGAGAACCGAAUGAAAACAAAGAAUCGCAGUGCGGCGGGGGACGUCAUUGAUCACUGGAAUCAUUACUUCUUCGGGCCUCGCAGAAUGGAAGUGAUCCUUUGCCAAGGAUCCGAGCGCCUGAGUGGCCGUGAGGGUGCGGCACCGCUUGGUGAUCCUAACCAACGCCACAUGGCAAAUGACCUCCGCCGCCGAGCCUCGAGUUGCUCGUCUUCUUCUUCUUCUUCUUCAUCAUCAUCAGAUUCCGAGGACUACCGUGACAGGAGUCACCAUCGUGGACAUGGACAUGGAUCGUCUGUGUCUCAUAAGUUUGAUAAAAGAGAGCGCCGUGCCGAGAGAAGGGAGGCUAAGGCUGAGAGACGCCAGGAGAGACGCGCUCGUAAGUCCGAACGUCGCAGCGGUAAGGCUCGGAGUCGUAAAGAGCAUUCGGAGCCCUACCAGCUUUUUAUUCAAGCUAUCUAG